AUGGAGAGUGACUAUUGCAAAUAUGUGCAAAAAUGCCAUCAAUGCCAGAUCCACGAUGAUUUAAUUAGAGUACCACCAAGUGAGCUUAACGCUAUGAGCUCACCAUGGCCCUUCGUUGCUUGGGGCAUGGAUGUCAUCGGACCCAUUGAACCCGCAGCCUCAAAUGGCCACCGAUUCAUUUUAGUUGCCAUUGAAUACUUCACCAAAUGGGUGGAAGCAACGUCACACAAGUCGGUGACAAAUAAAGUGGUAGCUGACUUCGUGCGAAGCAACAUCAUAUGUCGGUUUGGUAUGCCUGAGUCCAUCAUAACUGAUAAUGGAGCAAAUCUGAAUAACCAUCUGAUGAAGGAUAUUUGUGAGCAAUUCAAGAUCACUCAUCGGAACUCAACAACCUACCGGCCACAAAUGAAUGGAGCCGUAGAAGGAGCCAACAAGAAUAUCAAGAGGAUAUUGAGGAAAAUGACUGAUAAUUACAAAGUCAUACCUGCCAAAGUUGAGACACCUUCUUUGAGAAUUAUUCAAGAAGCUGAGCUGGAUAAUGCUGAAUGGGUCCGAGCUCGAUACGAGCAGAUGGCUUUAAUCGACGAGAAAAGAAUGGUUGCCGUAUGCCACGAUCAACUAUACCGCCAAAGUAUGGCAAGACCCUUCAACAAACGAGUCAGGGUUCGACUCUUUCAAAUCGAGCAACUGGUGCUCAAAAAGAUUUUCCCACAUCAAGAUGAAUACAAAGGGAAAUUCGCUCCCAACUGGGAAGGUCCUUACAUGGUCCGCAAAGUACUCUUCGGAAAAGCAGUAGUAUUGGCAGAAAUGGACGGACAAGAGUGGCCGAAGCCAAUCAACUCAGACGCAAUCAAGCGCUACUAUGCAUAA